AAGUGAACAUCAAUUUAGUUAAGACCUGGCUAUUGUCCUGUCAACAUCACAAACAGUUUUGUUUUUAAAUUUAUCUUAAAAAAAAAACCAAAAGAAUCCAUUAUGAAUUCGUUACACUUCAUUUCGGUAUUUGUUAUCACAGUUUUCUUAUCUCUACGUUUCGUUACCUCCUGCAACGAAUUCGUAUGUGGUUCUGUGGUGUCAAAGUGUCUCCUAACCCAAAGCUGUCAAUGCAAAUUAACUGAUUGUUUCUGCUGCAAGGAUUGUCUAAAUUGUUUGGGAGAUUUAUACACCGAAUGUUGCAGUUGUUUGGAAAUGUGUCCAACUCAAAACGCCACCGAGGCAGCCCUGUCACCGAAAUCACAAAUUGGUGAUUUUGAUGGAAUAGCUGCAUUGUUUGACACUCUGACCGAAAUCGACGAUGAUAAGUGGACAAUUUAUCGAUUUCCCAUGAAGGCUGGCUUAAAGCGGCAUUUUGAUGAAACAAGUCGACUGACAGACGAUAUCGAUCGAGAAGCAGCAGAAACGAAGAAGACAACAGCAUCAGCAUCAUCUUUGAAAGUUCCAGUUGUCAAUUGUACAGUUAUAUUUUUGAACACAUGCACUUCAAAUAAAAAAUGCAUGCAAUAUUGUGAGAGCAUGGGUGCCAAUAGCUAUCGAUGGUUCCACGAUGGAUGUUGCGAAUGUGUCGGAGCUGAGUGCAUAAAUUAUGGAAUAAAUGAGAGUAAAUGUGAAGAGUGUCCAGAGCAUGAACAAGAAGAGGAAGAUAAAAUCAAUUUGGAUGCAUUUGAAGAGGAUUAUGAAGAUGAGGAAAUGUGGGAUUAUGGAGAGCAGGAGUUUAACUUUAAUUAAAUAGAAAAAAAAAAUAUUGUUAUUUGUUUUAUAACUUGUAAUUAGAAUAAGAACUUAUUUAAUGAACCUUUGCAUUUGGGGUAUUUAUUGUUGAUUGUAUAAAAUAAAAAAUAAAGUU